GAGGACACUCCUCCUCAGAACUCUCCCUUCCCUCUUGUAGGGGCCAAAAGGGUCAGAGAUCUAGGAAGAAGAGAACUAGUCCCCAAGCCUAACAAGAAAGCAAGCUCUUCUGCAACUGUUGGCAUUCGCCUUAAUUUGUAUCCAUAUCCCAAUGGCAGGCCUAUCUCUGCAACACCCCUGGGCAUUCACUUUCGGCCUCCUAGGCAACGUCAUCUCCUUCAUGACCUUCCUGGCCCCGAUACCGACGUUCUACCGCAUCUACAAGAGCAAGUCGACGGAGGGCUUCCAGUCGGUUCCGUACGUGGUGGCCCUGUUCAGCGCCAUGCUGUGGAUCUUCUACGCGCUGAUCAAGUCCAACGAGACGUUCCUCAUCACCAUCAACGCGGCCGGCUGCGUGAUCGAGACCGUCUACGUGGUCAUGUACUUCGUCUACGCGACCAAGAAGGGCAGGAUGUUCACCGCCAAAAUCAUGCUCCUCCUCAACGUCGGCGCCUUCGGGGCCAUCCUUCUCCUCACCCUUCUCCUCUUCAAGGGUGACAAGCGCGUCGUCAUGCUUGGCUGGAUCUGCGUCGGCUUCUCCGUCAGCGUCUUCGUCGCGCCGCUCAGCAUCAUGAGGCGGGUGAUCCAGACCAAGAGCGUGGAGUACAUGCCCUUCUCCCUCUCCCUCUCGCUCACCCUCAGCGCCGUCGUCUGGUUCCUCUACGGCCUCCUCAUCAAGGACAAAUACGUCGCGCUUCCAAACAUCCUUGGCUUCACCUUCGGCGUGGUCCAGAUGGUGCUGUACGUGGUGUACAUGAACAAGACGCCGCUGCCGGUUGCCGACGGCAAGGCUGCCGGCAAGCUUCCCUCAGCUGCAGAUGAGCACGUCGUCGUCAACGUCACCAAGCUCAGCCCGGGCCGACUCCCACCAGUAACACAGAUGGCGGCGGUUCCCACCAAGAGCUGCGCUACAGAAGCAGCCGCGCCGGCGACGCUGCCCAGCAGGGACGUGGUCGACGUCUUGGUCAACCGCCACAGCCCCGCCGUCCAUGUGACCUAGCUAGAUCUCAUGCCCGUGCAGCAUGCGCCCGCCAUAUAUACGGACUGGUCAUGAGCAUAUGAUGGAAUUAUAAGUAAUUAAUUGCCAUGUAAGCUAGCUAAUGAUGCAUGGAGACAUAGGUCAGAGGUAGAGGGCCAAGCGCGCUCUCUCUCUCUCUCUAUCUAUCUAUAUCUAUUUUUAUAUCUAUAUAGAGAGUCUAUAUUCAUGUUUAAUUUGCCGCAUUAUAUUGCAGAUAUGUAUUAAUUUGCAUGGAAAUAUGUU